CAUAUUGUCUAUCUUUGGCCAGCUAAUGGAAAGGCCGGGCUUAUCUGCACCCAGAUACUAGAGGCCACCGGUAUUUUUAGCCGCUUGCAGCAGCUGCAGAAGUGUUUAGCGGUGCUGCCUGGACAAUGAGGGUCAAGGAGUGUCGGCAGCAGAGUCUGCAGGGACAGAUCGUCACACACAGAGCUGGGGAGACUGCGCCAUAAAGCCGGAUUUCACACGCUGGGGAGAUGGACUGAUUUAACACUGGGAAAAGAGAAACAAGGUUAUAAACCAAACUGCAUUUGGUAGGAGAGAAUAUUUAAGGGAGAUUUCAGAGGCUGUUUGUGGUACUUCAGGAAGAGCCAAAACGUAGAUGGUAGUGGACCUGUGAAGACAGGAAGCAGGUGAGUGUGUAACAAAACAGGGAAGCAGCAGCGAUGGAUGCAUUUGCGGGCGCCCCCCGCAUCCGGUCCUACCCCCGUCCUGUCACAGUAUGUGGUGGUUCUGAUGCCAUCCUGACGUGCUGUAUCAGUGGAGAUCCCCAUCCUGAGGUGGUCUGGGAGCGGAAUGGAGAGAGGAUCCCCAUGGGAGGGCACUUCUGUCCCACCGAGAAUGGUGACGUCUACAGUCUCACGAUCUCUGCAACAACACCAGAGGAUGCUGGUCAGUACAUCUGCAAGAUCAAGAACAGUGUCGGGGAGGCUUACGCAGCUGCUACACUGAGGGUGGAGGGGAUAGCAGAUAACAGGGACACCAGCCUGAAGGGUAGGGGCAAGAUGGAAGGGAUAGGGUUGACCAGGGAGGACGAUGACAUCACCAUGAAAGAAGGGGGAAAGAUGGAGGGAAUGAGGUUAACCAUGGAGAACUUGGACUCCACCCUGAACCUGGAGAGUAAGCUGAUGCAUGAGAGGUUACCUGAAGAUAAUCUGGCAGUUAUCCAGAAUAUGGAGGGCAAGGAACAGGAGAGAAGAUUGACUAUGAACAAUGAGGACACCAAAAUAAAUGCUGAGGGAAGGCAAUCGCCUCUGGAUUUCAAUGGCUACACCCCCCUGAAAGUGGAAGAUAAGAUAGAGCAGAGGAGGCAGCCCACAGAGAGUGAGGCAGGGAGGGUUGCGAAUGGCUACGCUCCCCUGAAUGUGGAGGAGGUGGAGUGUGCGCCCCGCGUCCUCAUCAGGCCGCUGUCUGCCCGUGUGCGCCUUGGUGAUGAUGCCACGCUGUCCUGCAAGCUGUGGGGACAUCCCCUUCCAGAGGUUACAUGGGAGAAGGACGGCCAGCGGCUAAAUGAGAUCUUCGACAGUGCACACUACAGCGAGGGAAGCCAGGAUGGUGGCUGGGUCCAGCUCUGCAUCUUCGGGGUACGGGGCCCUGAUGGGGGGGUAUACACUUGCAGGGCCCGCAACACAGCUGGACAAGUGCUGGCCAGCGCCAUGCUUCUAGUGGACAGGCUCGACCUGGAAGAAGAUGCAGUCCAAAAUGGCUAUGGUCACUGGGAGGGCCGUGGGCGGUACCACAUCCCACCGCUCAGGGACGAUCCCUCCCUCAACCCCAGCAAAGUCAAGAAGUUUGCAGUGACAGAGGGCAAGCAUGCCAAGUUUCGCUGUUACGUGACAGGGAAGCCCAAACCGGACAUUAUAUGGAGGAAGGAUGGCUGGGCAAUCAGAUCUGGCCGACGCCACCUGCUGUAUGAGGACCGAGAGGGCUACUUCACUCUCAAGGUGCUCUACUGCAAACAGCAGGACAUCGGAACAUACGUGUGUGCGGCAUCAAACAUGGCUGGACAUACCCUGAGCGCUGUGCACCUGUACGUCAAAGAGCCUCGUGGACACUUCCAGCAGCCACUUCAGGAUGUGGAGGCUUGUGAGCGUGACCUGGCCGUGUUAGAGUGUGAGGUGGCCGAUGACAGCGCCCCAGUCACAUGGUACCUGGAGGAUCGGCGGCUGCAGGCCAGUGUCAAGUACGGCAUGGAGGAGUGGGGCAAGCGAAGGCGACUGACCAUCCGUGAUGUGGGUGCUGACGAUGAUGGUGUCUACCUAUGUGAAACAGCAGAUGGCAGCAGGAGCAUUGCAGAGUUGGCCAUCAGAGGCACCAUCACCCGCAGACUCCCACGCCGGCUGGAGGUCCUGGAGGGUGAAAAUGCAGCCUUCUGUGUGGAGGUGGCUGAGGAUGAGAUGGACAGCAAGUGGCACAAGGAUGGACUGCAGCUGUGGGACACCCACCGCACCAUUAUCAAGUCCUUCGGUAAAACCCACAUCCUGGUGUUUGUUGACACCAUGCUGCAGGACUCUGGUAUAGUGACAUUCACCGUGGGUCGGUCCCGGACUACUGCCAAACUCAGAGUGAAAGCUGCCAGACACGCCCCACCCAGCUGCCCCUCAGAUGCUCAGAUCUGCGAGAAUUGUGCCAACGUAGCCCUGCUCUCCUGGGUGCCAGUGCAGGAUGUGGUCAAGGGCUCCCCCUUGGGGUAUGUGGUGGAGCAACAGGAAGUAGGUUCCCAGGAGUGGCUGCAGUGCCUGACCACAGAUGGUGCCACCUCGGCAGAGGUGCUGGGUGACAACAUGCCCCGUGAAGCCGACUAUCGCUUCCGUGUCUGCAGCAUGAACAAGUACGGCAGGAGCAGCCAUGUGGAAUUCCCCAGCACAGUGCACUUGGUCCCUGUGCUCAGGGUGGAAAAACCACUGCAGGAUGUCCUGGUGCGUAGGGGCCACGAGGCCCACUUCAUCAUCCAACUCUCUGCCUCAGCAACUGGAUCAUGGUUCUGGAAUGGCACCAAGGUUGAAGACAAUGGCCAAUUCUCCACCCAACAAUCUGGCACGUGCCACUCCCUGCUCAUUCAAGGGGUGGAGCUCUGUGAUGACAGGACAGAGGUCACCUUUGUUGCCACUGGGAUCCGAGAAUCUGCCUUCCUUCUGUUGCAGGCUCCAGCAAUGUUCACACCCCUCCUGAAGAUGGACUCACACAAGCGUGUUGAGCUUGGGCAGCCAAUCGUACUGUACUGUGAGCUGUCAGACCCCACAGUCCCUGUCCACUGGUCCAAGGAUGGGGCAGACCUAAACACGAAGAACGGUUUUCUUGUCCAAUCGGUGGGCAACAUGCGAAGGAUCAUCAUUGAGUCGGCUGAGUUCUUGCACUCUGGGGCCUAUACGUGUGAUUCCGGUGAUGAUGUCAUCACAUUUAACAUUGAGGUUGAAGCUCCACCGCCAAGGUUUGUAGAACUUCCUGAAAUUCAGAAAAACCCAUCUGUCAAAACUGGUGACCCAAUCAUCCUGCAGUGUGCAGUCACAGACCCCACUGAGCAAGUCUGCUGGUCCAAGGAUGGAGUCAAGCUCUUCACACAUACUGGACUCAACAUCCAGUCAGAGGGCACUGUGAAACAGCUGACUGUCCAAUCAGCAGACCUAUCCCAUUCUGGAAUUUACAGUUGUAGUUUAGGUGAUGAUGUCAUUACAUUCAACGUCAACGUUCAAGAACCACCUGUGACAUUCAUGGACAUGCCUGAAGAAGACCAUCACAGAAGAAUUGUGGAAUUGGACCCUCUGUUCCUGUCUUGUGAGGUGUCCAGGUCAGACGCAGAGGUCAGCUGGUACAAGGAUGGAAUGGAAAAGCACCAUGGAGACAACAACAUCAUCAUCCAGGCCAGUGGCACCACAAGAAGGCUGAUCAUCCAGUCAACUCAGUCGUCAGAUUCUGGGACAUACACAUGUUGCUCAGGAGAUGAGGAGGUCCUCUUCACAGUGCAAAUACGAGAACCUCCUGUGAUGAUCGUCCAUCCCAAGGAGGACAUCCACCUAGAGCUGAACCUAUCAGAGGAGGUGGUCCUGAGUUGUGAGCUGUCUCACUCCAGCAGUGUCGUGCACUGGUACAAGGAUGGCCAGAAGCUGCAAGAGGGAGACAGGUUCAAACUGAAGAGUGAGGGGCCAUAUAGGACGCUGACCAUUCCCCACAGCACCAUUGAGGAUUCAGGAGAGUAUAUGUGUGACACAGCUGAUGACUCCGCGUUCUUCCAACUCAGCAUUACAGAAGCCCCUGUGUAUAUAGUGUCUCCCAACCAAUCACAUGUGGAGCUGUGUGGGUGGGCUUUAGAGCAGGUGGUUCUGAGCUGCGAGAUCUCUAAGGCAGAGGCGGAGGUCCGCUGGUUCCGUGAUGGCCUGCAGCUGGAGGACAUGGAUGGUCUCUUCCUGGAGGUCGAUGGACUCCACAGGAGACUCAUCAUACCAGCAGCAACUACUGAGGAUUCAGCUGAUUACAUAUGUGAGACCACUGGAGACUCUGUGACCUUUACUGUCAUUGUCACAGAAGCCCCAGUGAAAUUUGUCCAUCUCAGAGAGAUGCCUCAGCCCACAGAGGCCUUGGCUGGGGAACCGCUGGUGCUAAGGUGUGAAGUGUCUCACCCGGAGGCACCAGUGAGCUGGAUAAGGGACAGCGGGGAAAUCAAAGUGGGUGAUGAAAUCGAAAUCACAGAGGAUGGUGUCUUCCGCCAGAUAACCAUACUGUCGCCCACUGUGGCAGAUUCUGGGAAAUAUAUUUGUCAGACAAAGGAUGACAAAAUGGAAUUCCAAGUCAAAAUCACAGAGCCACCAGUAAAAAUUCUGAGAAAAGAAGAAAUAAAUACUGAACUAAAAACAUUGGUGUCUGAUGACCUGGUGCUGGAGUGUGAGCUUUCUCGAGCCAGCGGGAACGUCAUGUGGUACAAGGAUGGUAAGCGGAUCAUCAAGAACGAGCGCUUCUGUUAUGAGGAGGAAGGGUCCUUCCGAUCCCUCAUCAUCCUUAGCGCCGAGUUCACAGAUGCUGGUGAAUAUAUUUGUGACGCUGGAGAUGACAGAGUGGUUUUCAAUGUCACCAUGAAAGAGGCCCCAGUGACCAUUACAGGUAACUCAAUCAGCCAACAGCAGCAGUGCCUCGUGGCAGGAGAUGACCUCAUUCUGGCAUGUGAGGUGUCCCACCCAGAUGCCCCGGUACAGUGGUACUGCAAUGACAGUGUUCUGAGCUCAGACUCCCGAACCUGUGUGGAGAGUUACGGUACUGUUAGGAGACUCAUCAUUUUGGGGCUCCAACCUUCAGACUCGGGGAGGUAUACAUGCGAUGCCAUUGAUGACAAGAUGUACACCACUGUCAAGGUGCAAGUGCCACCUGUUCAGUUCCUGAACAAAAAUGAGGGUAAUGUGCUGGUGGGCUAUGAAGGUGAGAGCAUCAUGCUGAAUGCCCAGGUGUCCCAGGACAAUUCCACUGUCUGCUGGAUGCGGGACUGGACCAACGUGGCUGGGGAGCGUUUCCACUUGAGCAGCGAGGGGAGUCAUCGCAUCCUCACAAUUGACCCCCUGCAGAGGUCAGACAGUGGGGAAUACACCUGCGAUGCUGACACGGACCGCAUGCACUUCAGCCUCCUGGUCAAAGAGAUGAGGGUGAAAUUUGUGAAAGCCCUGGAGGACACAUUGGCACACCAGAAUGGCCUGGUCACCCUGCGGUGUGAGCUCAACAAGCUCAGAGGUGAUGUCCUGUGGCUAAAGGAUGAUGUGGAAAUUGUGCCUAGCCGACGGUACACCAUCCGUGCUAAUGGCCCGGAACGUACCCUCACCAUCCACCGGCUAAUGCCAGCAGACGCCGGAGAGUAUGCCUGCGAGUCCAAGGACGACAGGACCUGCGGAAGACUCGUGGUGAAAAUGCCUCGUGUGGUUGAGUUCCUUGUUGAACUCCACAACACCACAGUGAUGGAGGGUGAGGACGCCACCUUCAGGUGUGUGGUCUCCCCAGAGGACGUGCAGCUGCUGUGGUACUGGGACGAUGAGAUGAUCGCCAACACCGAUGGCAGGAUCAGUGUGUCCAGAAACGGGCUGUGUCACAUGCUGCAUAUCCACGGCUGCCAGCUGACAGAUGGUGGAAGGAUUGUGGUGGAAGCCGAGGGUGUUGUGUCAAAGGCCUAUCUUCAGGUGCAGGAGGCACAGGUGCUCUUCACCAAGAAGAUGGCAUCGGUGGUCUCUGAGGAGUAUGGAGUAGCUACACUAGAAGUGGAGGUGAACCUGGAGGCAGCAGAGGUGCAGUGGAUGCGACAGGGAUUGGUCAUUCAGCCAGGGCCCAAGUACACAUUGAACAGUGAGGGGCACCGUCGCUCCCUCACUGUCCACAGCCUGGGUAUUUCUGACCGAGGCACCUACUGCUGCGAGACGCUACAUGACCGCACGCAAGGAAAGCUGAACGUGGAGUCAAGGAAGAUCACCAUAUCCAGAGGACUGACUGACAUGGAAGUACUUGAACGGGAAACAGCCACUUUCGAAGUGGAGCUAUCUCAUAGCAAUGUGGAGGGCGUGUGGCAGAAGGAUGGGCUCCGCCUUAAACCCAGCCACCAACUGCGAAUCACAUCCAAGGGGCAGGUUCACAGCCUCACCCUCUCCAGUCUCACUCUGGAGGACACCGGCACCGUUGUUUUCUCAGCUGAGGGUGUGAGGUCAUUGGCCAGGCUCACUGUUAAAGAACCUCCGGUGACAUUCCUGAAGGAACCACAGGACCUCUGCCUGCCAGAGGGUUCAUUAGCCUCCAUUGAGUGUGAGUUGUCCAGGCAGAAUGCCAGGGUGAGGUGGCUGAAGGACAGUGUUGAGCUGAAACCAGGCAAGAGCCAUCGCAUCUACUCUAUGGGGCGUAAGCGCCUCCUGCAGAUCCUGGAGUGUGAUGUGUGCGAUUCGGGGACCUAUGAGUGUGACGCUGGAGAUGCCAGGGCAUCCUGCUCUAUGGACAUCUAUGAGAGGGAGGUGGAGGUGCUGCAGGACCUGGUGAACCUGGAGAUCCAGGAGGACCAGAAUGCUGUAUUUGUGUGUGAGGUUUCACGUGCUGAUGUCCCCGGGGAGUGGUUCAGGAAUGAGGAGAAGAUAAGACCCACCAGCAUGAUCAAAAUUCGACAGGAAGGGAACAAACAUUUUCUUCUGAUGUGCAACGUGAUGUCAGAGGACUCUGGAGAGAUCCGAUUUGCCGCUCGGGGGGCAGAGUCCAUAGCGUACCUGGAGGUGAACGAGCUCCCGGUUACCAUUGUGAAGCCACUUCGGGACCGGACGGCGCUGGAGAGGCACAGGGUGAUCCUGGAAUGCACUGUGUCAUCCCCACGGGCCACUGUGCACUGGUUCCAGGGGGUCAACGAGAUUGUAUCAUUGGAGCGUUUCACGAUCCACAGUGAAGGCUGCUACCACAAGCUGGUGAUACAGCCACUGGUCCAGGAAGACGAGGGGACCUACAGUGUUCAAGUAGGAGAGCAUACCUCUUCUGCUCAGCUAUUAGUGGAGGCCCAGGCGCUGCUGAUUCUGCGGGAACUGGAAGACGUGGAGGUGACAGCCCCUAACAAGGCCCGUUUUGAGUGUGAAUUGUCGGUACCGGCCGCCCGCCCCCCACUGUGGAGCCUGAAUGAGGAGACCCUGCAGCCAGGCCCCCAGGUGUUCCUGGAGAGCCUUGGCACUGUGUAUCGCCUCACCCUGAGGAACACGUCCCCUGACAUGCAGGGCCUCAUCAAGUUCACUGUGGGGAAAGCCAGGAGCUGCGCCAAGCUCUCUGUCAAUGGUGAUUAGCCCACCCGGACGGAAGGCCUGGCCCAUCACUGGAGGGGGUACAGGAACCAUGUGACCACCGGCACCAAGGCAGCAGCUGGGCUGCUCCAAACACAGCCCAGCUGGUCAGCUAAACAGCCAACCCUAGCUUAGCUCAAUGAGGAGAAUCAGUAAAGAACCAGUAAAGAACCAUGCAGGACUGUGAUACUAUGGAUCCAAAGGGGGAGUUUGGAGCAGACUCAGUUAUUCAUUUAUAAGAAAGAAUGUGCAUAGGGCAUAUACCAAUAAAAUCAUUUUAAAAGAAUUUAAUUGGAACACCCAAAUUAUCCUGUAACAAGACCUGAAUUUUGCAAGGUCCAGAUUUCAAUGGGUGAAAAAUGUCCCAGUACUGUUCAUGUUCUCCCCACAUAAGCAAACAAAGAAAGGAAGGUGACUAUCCUUUUUUUUAAAUGAACACAGGUUUAACUUAUACACCUUUUUAAAAAAAUAACCAGCUACUAAAAACAUAGAUCUGAAUUUGGUCCAUGGUCCAAUUCUUGUUUUUAUAUUUCAGAAUUCUUGUGUUCACCUGUUUUUCUUUGUUUGCAGUUUCCCUCUGUACACAUCUUCAAGUUUUUCUGCAUUACUCAAAGAAGGAAAAUACUCCUAAUUAAAUAAGACAGAUGACAUUCACUUUGUGGGUCCACACCUGCGAAUGAUGGUCAGGAAUGACUCGUGAUGAGACAAGCCACACUCAAAGCAACCGUUAUAUUUGGAAUAAUUUGUAUUUAAUUUUUCCACACAAAAUGCAUUACAUACUGCAUAUAUAAUUGUUCACAGCUGGAUUACAAUUACUGUUAAUUGUACUGUGUUCCCAAAUCAUUCAGAAACUCCUGUAUAUUAAUGCCAAUUUUAGUUUCUUUGAAUUCCAUGUGCAAGGACCACAAAUACUUGCAUGUAUUGGAAUUAAAGUACAAGACACAGAGCAGGAAAGUUAAGAAGAUACACUCUACGGAUACAUUCUCUACAGGGAGAGAGGGAAUAAAAUCUGCUUCUUCCAUUGUGUUAGAAGCCACAAUCACAAGGUACAGAAAUAAAUGACAACUGACCUCAAAGUUAAUUGCAGGUUGACAGAGAGUUGCACGACUAACAGACCUAAGAUGUGGUUUAAAAUAAAAUAAAAAUUAAAUUCCUGCUGAA